AUGGGUUCUUUGAAGGAAUUACAUCCUUUAGUUGUAGACCUCCUCAAGCGGCCUGAUCUUGAGGUUCUCACUGCUUCAUCCACGGACUGGGCCGAUAUCCGUGCCAGCUACCUCAUCGACAACCCAGCAAAACCUCUUGCCAUCGCCCGGCCGAGAGACGCCUCAGAGGUGUCAAUUUUUGUGCACGCUGCGCGCAAUCAUGGAGUAAAGAUCAGCGUGAGGGGUGGAGGCCACGAUGUCUUCGGACGCAGCAUUGCAGACGGAUGUCUAGUGAUCGACAUGCGGCACAUGAAGACGAUCAAGAUUUCUCAAGAUCGGCAGACGGCCACCAUCGGAGGUGGAGUUCUGAUCGGAGACGUUAUCGAGACGUUGACCUCUCAAAAGCUCACCACCCCAUUUGGAUAUAUGCCAACCAUUGGGUAUGCUGGGUGGGCCAUGAUGGGUGGGUACGGCUGGUUGGCGUCGAGGUUUGGUUUGGGAGUGGACCAAAUUCUGAGAGCUCGUGUGGUAACCUGGCAAGGCGACAUUAUCGAAGCGGAUGAUGAACUGGUGAAAGGUAUCCGAGGAGCUGGUGGUAAUUUCGGUAUUGUGGUGGAGCUGGGGAUUAAGAUUUAUCCUCUCGAAAAGGCAAGUAUCAUAUUUUUUUUGGCCGAGGAAGCUCAAUCCUGA